CCUCAAAGAAAUCAGCUUUGUUCUCCUAAGUUGUUUGAAUAUGUGUUCUGGAGAGUGACCUUACCAGACACCGUCAAUAAUGCUAAUUCUCGGCGUCUACGUACUUUUUACUCUAGUACCUCCGCGUGUUAUUUCUAGAAUCAUAAGUUUCAAAUUCCUACUGCUACCAACAAAGAUAGUUGAUUCUAUCCCAAAUUUCAGUAUCUAUAUAUUAUCACAAAACUUGUACAUUCAUCAAUCAUUCGUAACACCGCAGUUUAACAAAUAAUGGAGACAUGGUUUAUAAUCACUGUCUCUCUAUGCAUAUCAGCCUUCAUCAAAUUAUUCUUCUCCAUCAGGCAAUCAUCAAAUCUCGCUAAACUCCCCCCUGGACCGACCAUAAUGCCGAUCAUUGGCAGCUUCCUAUGGCUGCGUAAAUCAUACGUUGAAAUCGGAGCCAUUCUCCAUCAGCUCAAGCUCAAGUAUGGCCCAAUAAUCACACUUAAAAUCGGCUCUCACCCUUCCAUUUUCAUUGCCAGCCACGCCUCGGCUCAUCGUGCACUUGUUCAAGCUGGUGCGGUUUUUUCUGACAGGCCUCCACCGCCCCCUACUAACAACAUUCUAGACAGUUACCAGCACAACAUCAGUGCAGCCUUCUAUGGCCCCAACUGGCGCCUCUUUCGUCGUAACAUGGCGGAGACCAUCAUGAAUCCUGUGCGUGUUAAGACGUUCUCUGGAGGACGUAGAUGGGCGCUGGGAGUCCUCAUCCAGCGCCUUUUAUCCGAGUCCAGGUUGGAUAGUAUUCAAGUUGCUGAUCAUUUGCAGCAUGCCAUGUUUUGUUUGUUGGUUUUCAUGUGUUUCGGAGAAAAAUUUGAGGAUGAAAAAAUUAGAGAAAUUGUGCGAGUACAAAGAAAUUUGUCAAAGAGUGUGUUUAAGUUCAGUUUUCUUAAUAUUUGGCCUAAAGUAGGGAGGAUCGUAUUUAAAAAGAAAUGGAAGGAACUUAUUGCAGUUCGUGAGGAUCAAAAUAAUGUGCUGAUUCCGAUAAUAAAAACUAGACUUAAAAAGGGGAUGAAGGGAAAUGUGGAAGAUGAUGAUGUGAUGGCUUAUGUAGAUAGUUUGGUUGAUUUCAAGUUGCCCGAGGAAGGGAAUAGAAAACUGAGAGAUGAAGAGAUGGUGAGUAUGUGCGGGGAGUUUAUCAAUGCAGGGAUUGAUACAACUUCGACGACUCUGCUAUGGAUUAUGGCUAACUUGGUGAAGUAUCCUCAAAUACAGGAGAAGCUUUAUCAAGAAAUUGUUUCGGUUGUGGGAGAGGGAGAGGAGGUAUUGGAGGUGGUCAAGGAGGAGGAGCUGCAAAAAAUGUCGUAUUUAAGAGCCGUAGUGCUGGAAGGUUUAAGGCGCCAUCCGCCUGGUCAUUUUGUUUUGCCACAUUCAGUGACUGAGGAUGCGGAGUUGGAUGGUUAUGUGAUUCCUAAAAAUGCUACGGUGCAUUUUAUGGUGGCGGAGAUGGGAAGGGAUGGUGAGGUGUGGAAAGAUCCGAUGGAGUUUAGGCCGGAGAGAUUCUUGAGUGGGAAUGGAGGAGAAGAGGGGUUUGAUGUAACAUGUAGGAAGGAGAUAAAGAUGAUGCCUUUUGGGGCAGGGAGGAGGAUUUGCCCUGCCAACACAUUGGCAUUGCUUCACUUGGAGUAUUUUGUGGCUAAUUUGAUAUGGAAAUUUGAGUGGAAGCCUGCUGCUGGGAAUCAUGAUGUUGAUCUUUCGGAAAAGCAAGAAUUUACCAUUGGCAUGAAAUAUCCUUUGGUUGUUAGCCUUUCUCCUAGAGUGAGUGUGAAUCAUAGCCGCCCAUAGGGAAUCAAGAUUGUUAAAUAAGAAAUCCAGUGUAAAUUGCUCUAGUAUCAUGCUGCUAGUAACAAUGAUCAAAUAAAGGAUAUGGAUCAAAUAAAUUUAGUGUUGA